AUGUUUCAGUCCUCUGGGCCCGUCCGCGAAGCUAGGAUCCAGCGAGGAGGAGAGGACCCAAAGAAAGUUCCACUGUCCCCUCCCACCCAAAAGACGCCCUGCCCGACUACUCCCACGGUCGAAGAAGACAAAACAUCAAGCUGCCCGGCUCCUCCGCGAUUCACUGCUACGCCCCCGCGACGGGUCAGUUCCUCGGCCUCAUCAACCCCUCGACACCCGACUCGAUCGACCGCGCACUCGAUGCCGCCCACACUGCUCAGGCAAAAGUGGCGCGCCACCUCGUUCCACACACGGCGCAACGUCCUGCGAACCAUGCUGCAGCACGUCCUCGACAAUCAGGAGGCUAUCUGCCGCGCCGCGUGCCUCGAUUCGGGCAAGACCAUGGUCGACGCCCAGAUGGGAGAGAUCCUCGUCACGGUCGAAAAGCUCAUGUGGACCCUGAAACACGGCGAAAAAGCAUUGCAGCCCAGCCGCCGGCCAACCAACUUCCUCAUGGCGUACAAGAAGAACGAAGUGCGAUAUGAGCCGCUCGGUGUCGUCGCUGCCCUUGUCAGCUGGAACUACCCCUUCCACAACCUGAUGGGUCCCAUCAUUUCGUCCAUCUUUGCCGGCAACGGCGUACUCAUUAAGGUUUCGGAGCAUACAGCCUGGAGCUCGCAGUACUUCACAUCCAUCGCGCGAGGUGCCCUCGUCGUCCACGGCCACGACCCCGGCCUGGUCCAGACCGUAGCAACCUCAUGCGGCGCCCCCGCCUCCACGGCGCCCUCCGUGCUCGCCGUCUCCAACGCUGCGCCCUUUGGCCUCGGCGCCUCUGUCUUCGGUUCCGAUGCCGACCCCGUCCUGCUCGCCGUCGUCGACGGCCUGCACACGGGCAUGGUCGCCGUCAACGACUUUGCCGUCUACUACGCCGUCCAGCUCCCCUUUGGCGGCGUCGGCGGGUCCGGCUACGGUCGCUUCGCCGGCGAGGAGGGCCUGCGCGGCCUCUGCAACGCCAAGAGCAUCUGUCGGGACCGCAUCGGCUCGCUCGGCGUCCGCACCUCCAUUCCCCCGCCUGUGCGCUACCCCGUGGCCGACCAGGAAAGGACCUGGCGGUUCACACGAGGCAUCGUCGACCUCGGCUACGGGCUAUCCCUGGGCCGCAAGGGGAGCGGUCUCUGGGGAAUGGCCCGGAAUGCUUGA